GUGUGGGGCUCUUCUCUGCUGUGUCCGCUCCCGAACUAUGGACUAAACCUGCCCACACUGCUGCUUUGAAAGAGUUGAGCCACAUUCCAAGAUGAGCGACCAAGAGAGCAGCACCUCGGCCUCUCAGACAGAGGGAGAAUUUGAGGGAGAAAUGGAGGGGGACGAAGAACUGGAGGAAGGACCGAAAGACUCGGCCCCCAGUCUGUCCUCCACCCUCCGUGCUGUCAUACGCAUUAAACAGAAGUACCAGUUCUUGAAGAGGAGGCGUGAGGAGCUGGCCCUGGGGCUGGGAGGAGCAGGGACCCUCACAGGAGCUCCUGCUCGAACCAGCCCCAAAAUCUUCACCUUCGAUGGAGUCACCCCUUCGUCCGCCGUUCCUCAGAAGAAGAAGAGGAAAAGGAGGAGGCGGGUGAUGUUUCCUAAUGGAAAUAGGCAAAGAGCCCCCCCGAAGCAGGAGCGCAGCAGAGCCAAAUACUGCCUUUACCUGCUGUUUGCCAUCGUCUUUCUCCAGGUGUACAAUGCCAUAGAGAACCUAGAUGACCAUGUCCUCAGAUAUGACCUGGACGGGCUGGAGAAGACUCUGAGGAGAGAGGUGUUUGGACAGCAGGGAGCAGUGGAAGGGCUGCUGUCCCACCUGAAGGACUACCUGUCCACCUACGUCCACAACAAGCCCCUGGUGGUGUCCGUGCACGGCCCCAGCGGAGUGGGCAAGAGCCACUUGGGACGCCUCCUGGCCGGACACUUCCGCUCAGUGGUGGGGGAGCCACUGGUGCUGCAGUACUACGUCCUCCACCACUGCCCCCAGGAGGCCGACGCCCUGCAGUGCGCCCACAACCUCUCCUCUCUCAUCUCCCAGAUGGUGGUACGUGCCGAGGAGGAGGAGAAGAUCCCGCUCUUCAUCUUCGACGAGGCCGAACACAUGCACGAGGAGAUCCUGGACGAGCUGUGGCAGCUUGUGACCUCCAAGAAGUCCAAUGAAUACUUGAACGCCAUCUACCUGUUCCUAAGCAAUCUGGGUCAUGCACACAUCACCAAACAUAUGUUACACAACUCCUCAAGUAGUUCUAUGGCGUUGACAGCAUCCAGUCGCCAUAGCAACCUCGUAAAAGAGCUGACUCCAAUAUUACGCAACACUCUGGAGAAUCUUCACUCGCUGUGGACAGAGGUGGACAUCUUACCUCUGGGCCUUUUGGAGAAAGGUCAUGUGAUGGAGUGCUUCCUUGAUGAAAUGACUCGAGAGGGGUUCUACCCAGAUCAUACCAACAUAGAACGCCUCGCAGGGGAGAUUGAAUAUUACCCCGCUGUAGGGGGGCACGAAUAUUCCCAGAUGGGCUGCAAGCAAGUGGUUGCUAAGGUCAACCUGCUGUGAAGGGCUCUGCAGGAAAUGUUUGGAUGCUUCACAUGCUUUAAAUUAUGAAGAAACCGUUCGAGGGAAGUGAGUGAGGUUACGGAACUUGAAUGACACAACUCAGAGUUUUUAAGAGCAGCGAAAAACAAGAGGUUCUGCUGUGGGAAGAAGUUUGAAGAGGCCCAGUUCACAAGCAAACCAUGUUUUCUCUGCUCUGGUCUUAUCUUUUCAUGCAGAUGCUUGUGGCUUUGUUUGCCCAGUAUCUUUUGAGCUUUCUGCCUCCACCCAAAUACAAUGAAAGUAGAUAAAUGUCUUCUCAUGGCAAAAAUAAAAAUGUUAUUUAACUAUGUUGACAGUUAGGUCUAUAUCAUUCAGUGCAAGCUCUGCUGAUUUCUGGUGAUGACAGAUGGAUAACUGAAGUUUUGUCCCAUCCUUCCUGUUCCUCUGAGGAUGAAUGAGAUAUUUUAUCCCCUGAAUGUUGUUGAUGUUCCACCAGCGAGUCGAAUGUAUCCCUUAUCCUGUGAAAUAAACUGCUCAGUCAAAUUAAGGUCACACUUAAAUCACACGUCAGAUCUUGUUUAACGAAUUAUUUUCAAGUUGAAAAUCACCACUGAUGUACAUUGUAUAAUUUGUUCGGAACAAAAGGACAUUAAACGUUCAAUGGAAACCCAAAUCAUGAACUCACUGAGGGCUGGAUUCAAAACCACACCAAAAAAACAAGAAUCUAUCAAACAAUAAUCACAGGCUGAUCCAAAUUGCGUGAAUUUCAUCACGACAACUCAUAAUGUGACUCAGUAGUGUGAAAGGCCUCUUUGUGCCUGAAUGCACUCCUGACAAUAUCUGGGCAUGCUCCUGAUGAGUCUAUGGAUGUUGCCCUUGGGGAUCUCCGCCCUCAUGCAGUCUGUUUCUGACAGUUUGGUCAGAAACAAGCACACCUGUAGCCUGCUGGAGGUCAUUUUGUAAAGCUCCUCCUGGUCCUCCUCGCUCUGAGGAGCAGAUACCGGUGCUGCUGUCCUGUCCAGCUCUCCUUGUGUAAAGGGCGGUCUCCUGGUACCUCCUGCAUGCUCUUGAGACUUUGCUGGGAGACACAACAAACCUUCUUGUCACCGCAUAUGUGGAUGUGUGUCCUCCUUGAGGAGCUGGACUACCUGUGCAGCGUGAUUGGGCUGCAGGUACCACCUCAUGCAACCAGUGACAAGGACACUAAACUAGAGAAGAAUCAGUCAGGAAGGAAGAGGAGAGAACAGCUGUCUGUGGCCACCACAUGUAAAACCAUCCACUUGCUGUGAGCUGUCUUGCUUUUGCCUCCAUUGCACCUGUUGUCACUUUCAAUUGCACCAAAGCAGGAGACAUUGAUUCAUCACUUGUAAAGUAAUUUUUUUGAACAGUCAAACCGGUUUGCUUGGCGGGUUGGCAGUAAAUCAAGAGACAAUGACUCAGCGUUAAAAUAAGAGAAUAGACUUUUCAGUUUUCACCACAUCGAAACUUUCCCUUCCUGCAAUACUUUUUAUAGCUCCUCAUAGACUCAUUUCUUAUUUAAAUGACAUUUCCCAGAUAAAAUGCCAUUCACCUGCAUUGUACAGGGGUGGAGGCAGGGAUCUCUAGACUGAUAGAUACUACUAGAUGUUACUAACAAUAUGUUUAUUGUGAAUUUGGCUGAAGUGUCCCUUUGACCCCUUUGAGACAAAGCAUAUUUCAGAACAAAUGAAUUGGCAGCUCAACCUUACAUGGAUGUGAAUGAGGAACACUUAUUUCUGAUCAUUGCACGGUAUCACACAGAAAAUCAGGGGCGGAGUUAGACCCGUGUUCCUUCAUUCAGAAAGGGAAGUUCCCUUAUUGGUAAUGCAUCACUUAUUAGCACUCAUUAUAAGGUGUUCAGAGGAACUCCUUUUUUUGUCUUACAUUGAAUACAGCAUGACUUUUUGUAAUGCUAGUGCGAGUGUGAAGAUUUAAAAAAAUCUACAACGAGUACGCCUGUGGAUUCCCAGUAUACAGCGAAAGAACGGUAGAUUCUGUCUGUGACCUGCGGAUGGAAAGUGGUGCUAGUGGCUCUUCAUCAGAUCUGGAUUUGUGGAUAGUUUAUUAAAGAAAGAGGCUUUUGUGUCGAUAUUCUGAAAGUCCACAGGCAAAGGAAUGAAGUCAGUAUUGCCAGACUUGCACUAGCAUUAAUAUCCAUUUUGAAUUGAUUGGAUUUUUGAAUUUUGUCUGCUCAGAUCAUCUUUCAGUCCAAAUAUUUAGAAUAUCAAAUUAUUAUUGUUAAAA